GCGGCGGAGCCUGAGCCUGAACCUGAGGGAGAUCCCGAUCUCGAUCCCGUGUCCGCCCGGGGGCACCGCACCAUGAGCGUGUUCGGGAAGCUGUUCGGCAGCUCGGCCAAGGCCGGCAAAGGGCCGACCCCUCAGGAGGCCAUCCAGAAGCUGCGGGACACCGAGGAGCUGCUGACCAAGAAACAGGAAUUCCUGGAGAAGAAGAUCGACCAGGAGCUGCUGGCGGCGCGGAAACACGGCACCAAGAACAAGAGAGCUGCAUUGCAAGCUCUAAAGCGCAAGAAGAGAUAUGAAAAGCAACUGGCUCAGAUUGAUGGCACCCUGUCCACUAUUGAAUUCCAGAGGGAAGCAUUGGAAAAUGCAAACACUAACACAGAAGUUCUCAAAAACAUGGGCUUUGCUGCCAAGGCUAUGAAAGCUGCUCAUGAGAACAUGGACAUUGACAAAGUAGAUGAGCUAAUGCAGGACAUCACAGAGCAACAGGAAUUGGCACAGGAAAUCUCUGAAGCUAUUUCCAAACCAGUCGGUUUUGGUGAAGACUUUGAUGAGGAUGAGCUAAUGGCUGAGUUGGAAGAGCUGGAACAGGAAGAACUCGACAAGAACCUGCUGGAAAUUGGAGGAGCAGAGAAUGUGCCACUUCCCAAUGUCCCUUCCACCUCCCUCCCAGCCACGCCAGCAGCAAAGAAGAAGGAAGAGGAAGACUCUGACAUGCAGGAGCUGGAAAACUGGGCUGCUAUGUGAGAGCGACGGACACCUUGUGAAGCACGGACUUUGUUAUAUGUCGCAGUUGUGGGUGUUUUGUUACGCGGUGAAGGUUGUCAACGCCGUCAAUUUCUGAAUGACCACCUGGAGUGCAUUUUGGGGAGUGGGAGGAGGACGGGGGAUGCAGGUGUGCAGUAUGACAGUACAGCAUACUGUACAGGAGGAGGAGGAACAGAAAGGGAAAAACGGUAGUCUCUGGUCCCAGCUUCUCUUGGAUUUUCAUUUGUGUUGAUCGUUACAACUUUCAAGCCCACAACUCCCGGUACGGCGCUUAUUUCUCUCCCCCUGUGGAGUCAGCGGCCCCAUUGCACUGCCCUUUGUUAUACAAAGUCCACUGUACAUUUAUGAAAUAGGGAUGCAGUGCAGAUUGAUACUUGCAAGUGACUGAAUUGCCGUAGCAUGUCCAUACCUGUUUGUAUAAUUGAGGUGAUGCAACUGUUUGAAUAAUACUUGUUAGUUGACUUGAUUCCCUCCUCUUCCAUUCUGAUUCACUCUUUUAAAAAAAAAUUCUUGAUCAUAGAGAAAACUUUCAAGAACAAUCUGCAGGGGACUCUUGGCUUAAAACUUAUUAAUUCUUUUCUUCCCCUUCCCCUCAAAAUUGAAGUGUUUAAAAGUGUGUUUUAAUCAAGUGUAGACCAGUCAUUUACUGAGUUUGAUUCCUGACCAGUGCCUCAAGUGAAUUUUUUUUACCAAAAAAUACAUUUAGGUUUUUGAUUUUCUUUUGGAGGAAAUGCAACAAAGUGGCUUUUUGUUUUCUUUGUAAAUCCUGAGUGUUGGUGAAGGGACACGAUGAUUCUCCUCAUUGAGUACAAUUUCAGAACACUUCCUUUUCUACGCCAUGUAAUUUACACACAAAUCUAUAAAUAUGUCUAAAUGCUGCUUUUUUGCUCGAUGCUGCAUUCCCUUCCUAAACACAAACUGCACACAGUGUGACAUUGGCACAAUGGGGCUUCUCAAUCCUCUGCAAAAAUAUUCUAAUCCUACUUAAACCUGCUGUAAAUAUGUUAAGAAAAAAAGAAAUAAAAGUUCCUUUUAAUGUAA